GGGCGAGGCUGGGUGGCCCGGGCGGGUUUCGAGGACCUCGACGGUGGAGACGAGGACCUCUGGGAGGCGCUGGAGGCCGUCGUGCCCGCGCCCGAGGUGGACGGGCCCGUGCCGAUCGACCCGUUGGCGGAGGCCCAGGGCGAAUGCUACUGCAGCACGGGCAGCACAGCAGGCGGCCUUGAGCAGUGCCGGUUCGCGUGGCGGGCGCGGCGGGUCUCCAGCGCAGUGCCGCUGUGGCGCUUCGCGAAGGCCGAGUUCCUUGUCCGCGACGACGGCUACUGGGAUUGGUGGGCCAGCCAGCCUGGGCAGCCGAGCGCGGUGACAGAACGCCCGCUCAUCCACGUGUGCUCGGGGAACCCGUGCUCAGUCGUGGAGGGGCCGGGGACGUGCACCGAGCUGGUCCACGUGGCGGACGGGGAGGAGCUCGGCCUCACGGACCUGCGGGCGCUGUUCGUCGAGUGCCAGGAGGCGCGCCCGGAGGCGGCUUGGCCAGGAGCAUGCCUCGGGCCGCUGGUCGCCGCCGCCGCCCCCGCGAGGCCUGCUGCGGUGGCCAAAGCGACGGGUCGCCCGCCAGCCGCAGCAGGUCCUCCUAGGGCCCCGCCUGGCGCUGCCCCCUUCGACGACUUGCGAAGCAUAGGUGGCUCGUCGCGCGGCCCUGGCUCAGAGCUGGCCGCAGACGAGGAGGCAGCUGCCGCGGGCGGCCUGGGGGGCAAGCUCGCAGGGGCUCGCGUGCGCCUCGAGGAAGGGAAGCGGGCUGCUGAGGACGUCAGUUUGAGCGGUUUCCCCCUCGGCGCAGAGGCGGCUGGCAAGGAGCCCGUGAAGAAGCGGUCGCUCGGGGACCUGCUGGUCGAGCUCGCCGCGAAGCUCACGAGGGCCGCCUCGGACGCGGGCCCCCGAGGGUCAGGGGGCCCCGUGCCCGAGCGGGCGCCGCCAGGAGCUGGUCUGAGCGGCGGCACGGCGGAGUUGGCGCAGGCGGUCGCGAAGGCCAUCCGCGAGGGCAAGGAGGCUCCCCCUGGCGGCAGCGGCGGGGACGGCCUCGGCUCCCUGGACCCCGCGGCGGUGCCGCGCGACCUGGCCACGAGGAGGGGGGGGGCGGCCGUCGACGCGACGGGCCCGAUCGCGCUGUGGUACCUCGUCACGAUCUACCUGCCGCAGCAUCCGGUGAAGGAGAUCGGCGUGCAGACGCACCGUGUGCUCCGCACCCUCGCGGAGGCGGUGGACCUGCUGAUGCAGGGGAAGGUGGCCCACGCCUGCGACCUGAUCGUCCAGCGCCUAAAGGCGCUGCAGGUGGCAACGACGGACGGCUCGUGGGCGGCGGCGAGGUGGUUGGUGCUGAUCCCGCCGCGCAACGAUCCCACGGCCAUCUGCAGCGAGGAGGAGGAGCUCAUCCGCAGCAUCCAGCUCGGCGGGACGAGGUUGGACGAGCUCUCCGCGCGCCUGGCCUCCGCCAGGACGCCGGGAUGGGGCGGAGGCCCGACGGGGGCGCGCCCGCCGCUGGCGCCUCCGUCUGUUGGCCAGGGGUCGGCAGCCCCACCGCCGUGGAAGAUGUCCUUCGCGGAGAUGCGGAAGGAAUUCCCGAAGCAGCCAGUGGAGACGAACACCCUGCACCGCCUGCGAGCCUUCAAAGCUCGCGCGGCGGGCGUCGCGGAGCCCCCGCUGGCCACCGCGCUGCAGUGCUGGGCCGACGAGCUCUCCCUCGGCUUCGGCAAGAGCAUCGUCGCGGUCGACCUGGCGGCGCAGCUGGCAGCAGCAGUCAGCGAGCAGGCGUGGCUGCACCUCAGCGUGGCGGCGCUCAACUAUGCGUUCUGCGGCCGCUCGCAGGAAGGCUGGCGCCACAGGCUGACCCUGUCGAAGGCGCAGACGCGGGUCUGCGUGCAUUUGAAGAGCCGAGCGGCGGCCUUGGCGGAGGACCCGCUCGCCAUGGUCGUGGUCCCUGCGAUCGACGAGUCGGCGAGCGGCUGCGAGUCAGCGUACGAGGGCGAGACAGGCGUGAAGGCCCCCCCCUGCCGGCUCUGCGAGCUGGCCCCUGGCCUGCCCACGCGGGAGUGUGCUGCCACGCUCGACGCGACCGACUUCGUUGGCGCCGAGGUCGGCGCCUGGCUGCGCCGCCCCGAGCUGGCGCCCCUCGACCAGUCCGACUGGCCCGACCCGUCGCCGCGGGCCCGCGUGAACGUGGAGACGGAGGCGGACUGGGAGGAGCUGGUGCUGCACCUCGUGUCGCUCAGCAUCUUCACCACGCUCGCGGAGAGCGAGCUGGUCCGCGUGAGGGGCGAGCCCGUGCUGAUCGGCCUGUUCGCGGUGGAGAAGAAGGGCACCCCAGCGCCUGGCGCCACGCGGGUCACCAGGCUCAUCCCCGACAUGGUGCCAGGCAACUCGCUCCUGAAGGCCCACGUGGGCGAGGCGGCGCUGCUCGUGGCCUCGGCGUCCUGGACGGCGGUCGCAAUCCCCGACGGGAAGCUGCUGCUGUGGUCGGGCGACGGCCAGAAGGGGGCCUUCUUCGUGUGGCGGGUCUCGCCCGCGUGGCACCCCUACAUGGCCGUGGGGCGGCCGCUCGCGGGCGAGCUGUUUGGCCGCUCGGAGCCCGUCGUCUACGUGACCUCGGCUGUCAUCGCCAUGGGCUGGUCGCUUGCGGUGCCCGUCUUCCAGCACAUUCACCGACGGCUGUGCCGCCUGGCGCCGCCCUUCGGGGCGGGGCUUCCCCUAGACGGGGAGUGGCGCAGGGAUUGCGCGCGGCCCCUGGUCGAGGCUGGCAGCGGCCAGGACGCUGGCUGGUGGCAGGGCUACAUCGACGACUUCGAUGCGCCGGAGAUCGUCGAGGAGGUUUUGGCCUGCAAGCUCGUAGGGGCCCCGAGCGACCUCCAGCUGCAGGUCCGCGCCAGCUGCGAGAGGGCGAGCGCCUCCUUUUCGGCCGAGAAGGCGCACUGCAGGCAGCUGAGGGUCAAGCGCAUGGGCGCGGACGUCGACGGCGUCGGCGGGCGCCUCGCGGUCCCCGCCUCCAAGGCGCUGGCCACUGCGGGCCUUUGCAUGGCCGCGGUGCCGCGGCGCCUGGUCCCGCGGCGCGUUGCCAUGGCGGCCCUCGGCAUGCUCGCGAGGGUCCUCGAGUUCAGGCGGCCGCUCUUCGGGGUCCUGAACUCCGUCUGGGCGCUGGCUGCGUCCUCAGCGCAGGAGGCUUACCUGGACGCGGAGAUGGUGGAGGAUCUCCUCAUGGGCGUGAUGGUCCUGCCGCUGGCCGCCUCCUCGCUGCGGGCGCGCAUCGACGGCAUGGUCACGUCCUCGGACGCGUUGGAGAUGGGCGGCGGCGUGUGCACGUCGGCCGGCCUGCGCGAGGAUGUCGCCGCCGCCUUGCAGGUGCCGAGGACGGUCCCCGACCAGCUGGGGAUAGGGGCCAGGCUCCUCGACAUGGCCGAGGAUCCCGCCCGACCGUGGGCGGCAGCCAACCCACGCGUCCCCGCCAGGGCAGUCCGCGGGGUGUUGUCGGUGCUGCUCAUCGGCCUGUUCGACGGCAUCGGAGGCCUCGCCGUCGCCUUCUCGAGGCUGCCUCUCCGCAUCGCGGCCUACGUCGCGGCCGAGACGGACGCCAAGGCGAGGCGCGUUGUCAGGCUCCGCUGGCCAGGUGUCAUCGGCUGGGGCGACGUCACCCGCGUGGGCAGCGAGACGGUGCGGGACCUGUUCGAGGGUUUCGGCGGCCUCGUCGACCCCGUGGCGGUCGCUGCGGGCAGCCCCUGCCAUCACCUGUCACGCCUCGACGUCGGCGGGCGCGGCCUCAGCAGUAGGGAGUCCUCGCUGUUCCACGAGGUGCCGCGUAUCCUGGCUCUCCUCGCCGCCGUCUUCAGGGACAAGCUCGUUUGGUUCGUGGAGAACAUGGCCAGCAUGUCCAGCGUCAACGUGGAGCUGAUCUCGGAGGCGCUGCAGGUGAGACCGACGCUGGUGUGCUCGUCGGUGUUCGUGCCGUGCCGCAGGCCGCGCCUGUUCUGGACGAGCUGGGGCGUCACCUCAUCGGCGCCUCUUCGGCUGACCGACCGCGGGGUCUACGACGAGCUGGUGGGCCCUGGCGUCCCGCUUAUGGACCUCGCGUGGGAGGACGAGGGCGGCUCUUGGCCAGGGAGACCGAGGUACACCUCCCUAGCCACCCAGGGCUCGAACCCUCAGGACGCCUUCGACGCCAGGGCCUUCCUCCUCGGCAACAGCUUCAGUAUUCACGACGUGGCAUGGUUGCGCCAGCAACUCCUGCACCGCCGCGGCGCGCUGGACAGGGAGCUGUCGAUAGAAGAGGUGUCCCCCGUCCGCGAGUGCCAGGCGACGUGGGACCAGGCGGGGGCCUUCGUCACGGAGCCAGGGGAGCCGGACACCGCGGAGGCGAGGCAGCUGGUCCUGCACUACCUCAGCCGCACGGAGAAGGGCGGGUCGGACGUCAGGCUGGACUGCGGCGUCCCCUACCGCCCGCGAGGUUGGCCGAGGACGAGCCUGGACCCGUUUGUGUGGAAGUGGCGCGUGGUGGUCAGCAUGGCGCGGCCCGGGCGGAACUCCACCCACAUAAACGUGAGAGAGCUGCAGGCGGCCACGUCGGCGAUCAGGUGGCGCGCCCGCAAGGUCGUGCAGCACGGGAGCAGGUUCUUGCACCUCGUCGACAGCCAGGUGGUCGCGGCCAUCGUGACGAGGGGCCGCAGCAGCAGCAGGAAGCUCCAGCCCAUCCUGAUGCGCCGGAUGGCCGUCGUCGUGGCGGCCGACAUGUACCCACUGAUCGGCUACGUGGUCUCGGAGGACAACCCCGCGUGGCUCGGAGCCCAGGAGGCGAGGGCGACCCGUGCCGCGCGCGCGGCCGUUCACCGCAGGCCCGUGCCCGUGAGGCGCCGCGGGACGCGCUGCCAGACUCUCUGUUCCCUGACAGUGUCGGCGGAGACGCGGCGGCGCUACGGGCGGGCUCCGCGGGCCCUGCUGGCCCGCUUCGGAGCUGAGCAGGCGGGGGCGGACGCUUUGCGCGGCGACCCCGAGGACGCCGACGCCCUCGUCGCGGAGUACCUCGAGGACCUGUGGGCCUCUGGUGCGGGCAGCGCGGCCGCCAGCAACACGCUGGCAGAGGUGUGCUUCGCAACGCCUCGCCUGAGGCGACACCCUGGCCCGAGCGGGACUCUCCUCAGGGCAUGGGGGCAGCAUGGGCCAGCGCCCAGGGUGCUGCUGCUCACGACCCAGGCCGUCGCGGCCAUGGCGGGGAUCGCUUGCGCUGCAGGCGCUUUCGACGCGGCCGCCCUGACGGUGAGCGACAUCGUCGACCGCGACAUCGUCGACGAGCUGUUCGCGGUCCGCAUCAGCUCGUCCAAGACCACGACUGGCAAGGACUGCGCGGAGGCAGUCGUCGUCCGCGGCAGGAUGGCCGUGGCGCUCCUGCGGAUUGCAGGCCGCGGCCUUGGUGCAGGUGCGCGGCUCUCCACCGCACGCCUGUGCAUCGAGGGCGCGGUGGCCAGCUCAGUGCCCGCCAGCCCGGGAGCAGGGCAGCCCGCGCCGUUGCGCGAGGACUGCGGCUCCUGCAGCUGGCCAUUGUAA